UGCCCCACACAGCGUGUGCCCCCAGAUCUGCCACAGACAGCUCUGCUGGGCACCACUGGAACUGGAGGGAAGCAGGCUGAGAGGGGGAUUAGCCGUCUUGUGAGGACGUAGCUGCUCCAAAGGAAGGAACGGAGCACAAGAGACUGCUUGACAGGUGCUAGAUUCCUGCAGGCAUUGUCCUGUGCCCACCAUGGAGAAAAGAUCCAGCAGGACCUUCUAACCAGGCACCCUCACCCAGAGCCGGGAAGUGCCAACCAGUGGGAGAAGGAAGCGCUGCUGAGGGAUCUGCUCAACCCUUGGGGGCUCAGCUUGUGCUCGGAGGCCAUCGCUGCGUUGCACAGGUUAGAAGAUGGGGAGACCUGACCCAGAAGAAGGGCAGCUGCCGGCUCCUGUGAAGCCCCCGGAUGGUGGCUGGGGCUGGAUCGUGCUCCUUGGCUGCUUUGUGAUCACCGGCUUCUCCUAUGCCUUCCCCAAAGCCGUCAGUGUCUACUUCAAGGAGCUCAUGAAAGAUUUCCACGUGGGCUACAGUGACACGGCCUGGAUCUCUUCCAUCAUGCUGGCCAUGCUCUAUGGGACAGGACCAGUAUGCAGCAUCAUGGUGAACCAGUUUGGCUGCCGGCCCGUGAUGCUCAUUGGUGGGCUGCUGGCUUCUGCUGGCAUGAUCCUGGCAUCUUUUACCACCAACAUCAUUGAGCUUUAUCUGACAGCUGGCGUGCUGACAGGUCUGGGUAUGGCACUGAACUUCCAGCCCUCACUGAUCAUGCUGGGCACCUACUUUGACAAGCGCCGGCCUCUGGCCAAUGGACUGGCUGCUGCUGGGAGCCCUGUCUUCCUCUCCUCCCUCUCUCCUCUGGGGCAAGUGCUGCUGGAGAAGUUUGGCUGGCGAGGAGGGUUCCUUAUCAUGGGGGGCCUUCUGCUUAACUGCUGCACUUGUGGGGCAGUCAUGAGACCCCUGGAUAUGGGUAUGAAGAAGAAGAUGGGGAAAGCUCAGGACAAAUAUGAAGCCAAGGAGAUGCUGCCCAUAGGAGGGAAGUCAGAGGAGGGAAUCAGCACCACUGAUGGAACCAAGAAAGGCAAGAAAGUCAAGAAGAAGCCCAAGAAAGGAAAGAAGCUUCUGGAUUUUAGUAUCUUCUCCAACCGAGGGUUCAUCAUUUACACCAUUUCAAAGUUCAUCCUGGUCCUGGGUCUCUUUGUGCCCCCCAUACUGCUGGUCAACUAUGCCAAGGACACAGGCGUCCCGGACACCGAGGCGGCAUUCUUGCUCUCCAUCAUCGGCUUCAUAGACAUCUUUGCCCGCCCAGCCUGUGGCAUGGUGGCAGGGCUGAAGUGGGUCCGCCCUCACGUGGCCUAUCUGUUCAGCUUCUCCAUGCUCUUCAACGGCUUGACAGACAUCUGCAGCGCCAGGGCCAGCAACUACACAGGGCUGGUCAUCUUCUGUGUCUUCUUUGGCAUCUCCUACGGCAUGGUGGGGGCACUGCAGUUCGAGGUGCUGAUGGCCAUCGUCGGCUCCCAGAAGUUCUCCAGUGCCAUUGGGCUGGUCCUGCUCAUCGAGGCUUUCGCCGUGCUCAUCGGCCCACCCUCUGCAGGCCGCCUGGUCGAUGCUCUCAAAAACUAUGAGGUGAUCUUCUACCUGGCGGGCUCGGAGGUCGUGCUCUCCGCCCUCUUCCUGGGUGUGGCCAGCUACUGCUGCCUGAACCGAGGGAAGAAGGAGCCUCCCCCCGAGAACAACCCCACUGCGGGAGCGGGGAGCGACACCGAGGAAGCGGAGUCCGACGUGCAGGAAGCCGAGGAGCACAGCAGCGACAACCACCAGCCGGCCCACAGCACCGACAACGCCGUGGUGGUGGCCAGCGAGGAGGCCAACCAUGUGGCAGAGGAGCAGCGAGGGGAGGGAGGCGGCUGUCCCGCAGGGGACGGGGAGGUGCUGGCACGGGACGGCUGCAACGCUGACCAGAUGGUGGAGAGGGACAGUUUCUAGCCAGGGCAGAGAACAGGGAUGUAUAAAACUGGCCUUGUGUGCAAGCACUUCAGCAUGGGAGGGUAGGUGGGAUGCGGGGAGCAGAAAGUUGGGACCAAGGCAGAUGUAAGAAAUAAGAGGGAGAGGUAUAAGAAUAGCCGGUCCCUAUGUACAUAUGUCCACAACCUACCCAGUGAUACGUCUGCUUGCAUCCUGCACCCAUGCUGGUACAACACAGGCUCAGAGCAGCCCAAACACCAAAAAGAAAAAAAUAAUAAUCUUCUUUCCUCACUUUCAAACCAGCCCUGGAGAAAGUCUUCUGAAGAGGCUGCCAAGGACUCUCCUUUUCCUUCUGCA